GUUCACGAACGCAGAUCAGUCGACGUAAACAACUCGCCCCGAAAGAAGACUGCUUGAUAUUUUCCUGGAUUACUGUAGAAAACAAGGUUCACGCAAUUUUAAGGGAAUAAUGGGGAAUGGGAACAGUUCUUUUACUCAGUUGGAGGUGGAUCGAGAUCGAGGAGGAAAGAAGGAAAGUAGAGUACAAACAGUAUAUUCAAGUCUUGAGUGUUACACAUAGCCUGUUUGAGGUAUAUGAGGACUGGACAAUGGCCCCAGGAGAAUUGGGAGAUGUUCCUGUGACAGUAUUCUCAGCAGCUCAUCCUCCAAGUUCCAGAAAGAGGCCAUAUAUUGAAAGGGCAUUACAGGCCAGUCGUGUAUACAGACAUCCAGGACUGCUUAAGUACAUCGAUGGUGGUAUUAUAGGGGAAGUUGUUGUAAUAACCGAAAGAGCGAAACCACUUCUACACCAUGACUUGGAUCAAAUGUCACCACUUCACAUCUCAGCUGGAUUGUUAUCCAUUAUAGAUACUCUGGUUUUUCUUCAUGAUAGGGCUGGUGUAAGUCAUAAUAAUGUCAGUGCUGCCAGUAUAUUCAUCACUAGUGACGGAACAUGGAAAUUAUGGGGACUGGAGUAUUCUUGCAGUUUUGGGGAGCUAACUCGAGAUCACAUUGAGCACAUUAAUGGUUACUGUCAUGAAAAAUCAAUACCACCGGAUGAUAAAGCAAGAAUAACACCUGCGUACCAACAUGCUCGCGAUUCUUAUGCAUUUGCCUGUUUAGUAGAAGAAAUUCUAACGCCUGACAGAGUGGCAGAUAUUGCCGGGGCAGAAGAGUUCAUUUCUUGGCUACGCAGCAGCGGCAAGAACAAAGACUGGGCGCAGAGGCCACGACUGGCUCUUUUAGCAAACCACCAGAUCUUCCACCAUGACUUCUUGAAACUCCACCACAAUCUCACCAACGUCCUCCUGCUUUCGGAUCAUAAUAGGGAAGAGUUUGUCAAAACCACCAGUACCGCCACCAAGGUCCAUCUCCCUCACCCCAGAAUCAGUGAGCCAAGAUCCGAAAUCAGAGGAAGCUGCCUCUUUGGAUAGCCUAUCCGUGGAGAGCAUGGUCCUUACACAGAUCCCAGAGAGAAGUUCCCCAGAUGGUGGCGAAGACCACAGCAGUUCGACCAACACCUAUGUGGGGGCUUCAGAAAUGGCAGUGACAGACACUGAUGCAUGGUCAGAUUGGGAGGAGAUGCAGGACAGUCCAGCACAAGAUUUCUCUGGGGCACUGCUUGCCGUGAACCAAGAUAAGCUGAAGGUCUUUGAUGACUGGGGGAAUGGUGAAGAUGAUGCAACCUCUGACGGUGAUGUUCUGAAAGAGAGUAGUUUAACGAGUGUUGUGCCCUCAAAGAAAACUUGGUCUGAUUACACAAGCUCACAUGAUGUAAGAUACGGGGAAACUAGUCCAUAUCCAAAAUCUAGUUCAAGUAUGAAGCUGAAUAGUGUCUCGCAAAAAAAUUCUGAAAAACACGUUGAACCAAAGAGGUCUCAGAAUCUUGGAGAGGAAUACGAUAUCUUAGCCAUUAAAGUCAAUAAAAAGCAUGAUGCAGAAAUGGACUUAUUUGCGGACAUUGCACCACAAUUUAACACAAAGAAAUAUGAUCUGGAAACAAUGCUCUUAGAAGCCACAUCCAAAUCUCAAGGAAAGCCAAAAGUUAGAACUCUCUCUGUCUCUGAGACACUGGCCGGGACAGACAUCAGUAGUGCAGAUGUGGGGGAGGCUUGGGGAGAGGAAGGAGCCUGGGGAGACCAGAUUGAUCUCCUCCUAGAGUCAGCGACCAGUUCACCUUCAAAGGAAUCCCAGGAGGAGAGUGACAGACUAACUUCCUUCAACUCUAGUGACUUGCCAGAAAAGGUAGAUUUGGCCUUUGGAAAAACUUCAAGUCAAUCUAAGAAACAAGAAGCAAAUGGGGGUUUAGUGGAUACAUGGGACGAGGGAUGGGGAAGUGAUUUUUAAGAAGAUUAUUUAUGUUUUAAAUGUUAUCAGAGGCUUAUUAUGAUUAUAGCUGUAUAUAAGACUAUAAAUUCAGUAUUUUUUUCCUUUUUUUUUUCUUACAAAGAGAUCAGUAUUAUUUUUGAAAAAUCAUCAAAGAUAAAAAUUGUUAAAACAUUCCAAAGUAUGGUUGUAUUCACUUGUUUAUGCACAUUGCUUAACUAUCUAUAUAUUAAUAAUUAUUGUAUAUACCUUAUUUACAUGCAAAGACAUUACUGAGGUUAUAAUACAUUAAGUGAUAACUUUAUAUAAAGUCAACUUGAAGUUUAGUCGUUGUUGAAUAAGAUAAUGAAAGCCGAAGCAAAAUCCAAUACCAAAGUAUUUACAAAUAUAAGGAAAAAUCUGAACCCAAAAUGACCCAAAUGAAAUUCGAAGUUGUAUAUCAUAUAAUUUCCAUAUCUUCACUUAACCCACUGACACCAGAUGACAUCUAAGCACAUCAUGGCAAACAGGACCCAAAUGCUAUGCAUGACUGAUCUUGAUCUAAGUUGUUUACCCUGGUAGGUUUAAAGUCUUUCUAGCCUCUUUUCCUAGCUAAUCAUGUAUGUCAUACCCAGAUGCAUAAAGAACAGUAAAUAUAUGAUUCCAACA